GUUAGUGCGCCUCGCCGGGCCCAUGGUCGCCAGCUGCUUUCUGCAGAACGCCGUCAACAUAGUGUCCCUCAUGUUCGUCGGCCACCUCGGCGAGCUACAUCUGGCCGGCGUAUCCCUCGCCGUAUCCAUCACCAGCGCCACCGGCUUGAAUAUCAUCACCGGCAUGGCGUUUGCGCUGGACACGCUCUGCGGACAGGCAUUCGGCGCGGGGCAAUAUCACCUGCUCGGCAUCUACAAGCAACGGGCGAUGCUGGUGAUCGGGCUCGCCUGCGCCCCGUUCGCUCUCCUCUGGGUCUACGCCGGCCAGAUCCUGGUGUUCCUUCACCAGGACCAUGCCGUCGCUGCAGAGGCCGGUGCCUACGCGCGGUGGCUCAUCCCGUCGAUCCUGCUGUACGUGCCUCUGCAGUGCCACGUCCGGUUCCUGCAGACCCAAAGCCUCGUCCUGCCCGUCAUGGCCAGCUCGGGCGCCGCCACGCUCUGCCACCUGGCCGUGUGCUGGGCGCUGGUGUACAAGGCAGGCCUGGGGAGCAAGGGCGCCGCGCUGAGCAACGCCAUCUCGUACGCCGUCAACCUGGUGAUACUGGCCCUAUACGUCAGGCUGUCAGGCGCCUGCGAACGUACGUGGAACGGCUUCUCCAUGGAGGGGUUUAAGGAGCUCCGUCAGUUUGCCAAUCUUGCUGUGCCGUCAGCGUUUAUGAUAUGCGUAGAGUUUUGGGCUUUUGAAAUCAUUGUCCUGCUGUCUGGUCUUCUGCCGAAUCCUCAGCUAGAGACUUCAGUGCUGUCAAUUUGCCUUAACACUUCGAUUCUGCUCUUCAUGGUACCAUUGGGUCUUAGUUAUUCCGUUAGCACCCUUGUUUCGAACGAACUUGGCGCCGGGCAGCCUCAGGCAGCAAAGUUAGCUAUGAGGGUAGUCAUGUGCAUGGCCUUAUGUUCAGGAUUCCUUAUGGGCUUGGCCAUGAUCCUGCUACGUGGUGUUUGGGGACACGUCUAUAGCAAUGAGAAGGAAGUUGUGGCAUACAUUGCUAAAAUGAUGCCGGUUCUUGCGAUCUCUUUCUUCAUAGAUGGCAUUCAUGGCUCUCUCUCAGGUGUGCUCACAGGCUGUGGGAAGCAAAAAAUCGGUGCAAUCACUAAUCUUGGCGCCUUCUACUUGGCAGGCAUCCCCAUGGCCGUGCUGCUUGCAUUUGUCUUCCAUAUGAAUGGAAUGGGCCUUUGGCUCGGCAUGGUGGUCUGCGGUAGCCUCACCAAGGUGCUCUUGUUUGCAUCUGUUGCUUGGUUCAUAGACUGGAACAAGGAAGCAAUCAAGGCAAAAGAUAGGGUGUUCAGCUCAUCUCUGCCAGUGACAUGAACCUUGAAGCAUUGUAUGCACGAUAUCAAAUUCGGCGCCUCUGCAGUUCGGCGAUUGCCGUCCCAUCUACAUGAUGUCAUGGCUCUGCUUUGGUUGAUACCUGAUAAGGAUGUCAAAGACAAUAUUACACGUCCAUAACUCACCUCCUCCAUCAUUCACGGCCUCACUUGUCGUUUGCUCAAAGAUGUCCCGCACCCAGAGCAAGAAUAGUGCUGAUUUUACCUGCUCGAUCGGGGAUAUAGUCUGUGACAUAAAAAAAAUCAUAUUGUAA